AUGGUUUACACCGGAAAGCCGAGCAGGGGAUGUGGCAUGUGUAAGAGCCGCAGAAUCAAGUGCGACGAGAAGCGACCAACAUGUGGCAAUUGCAAGAAGUCGGCUCGAACAUGUCCCGGUUAUCCCGACGACUUCGAUUUGGUCUUUCGAGAUGAAAACAAAGCUAUGGCCAAGAAGGCAAGGAAAUCCUCUGGAACGACAGCAUCAAGCAACAGCACCGGCGCGUCAAGUUCCAACCCUUCUCCGCAUCUGUCACCUUCUUCGACAUUUGAUGUAUCGCCAGGAGAAAACGGAGUACCAGGAGAGAAAGCCUUCCAGAUAAUAACAUCACGAUCACAUUCUCCAUCAGACUUAAGCCAAUCACAACAGAUACUGGCUUUACCCAAUUACACAACACCACCAUUACCUCUUAAUCAGGCGUUUGAUUUCGAAGCGUUCGUGUGGAAUCUCGAAAAUGCAGUGCCCCCAACUAUCUCACUUGCGCCAGAAGCCGAAGCCGUACCCUUCUUCUUCAAGAACUUCAUUACCCUACCACAACAAGCCGAAAGCACCAGAGGCUACCUAGAGUAUCUCGUGCCUCUCUACAAUCGUGCUCGCCCAUCCUCCGUUCUUCACCUAGCCACUACUGCUGUUGCAAUGGCAACAUGCGGCCAGUAUCCUGGCCGACAAGAGCUACUCCGGGAAGCAGUAUCUACCUAUGGCAAAGCUAUCAAGAAACUGAAUGAAGAUCUGAAAGAUCCAGUGAUGGCGAAGAGCGAUGAAAGUGUGCUUGCCAUUCUUAUGUUUUCACUGUAUGAGACAAUAAUGAGCACAGACGAUACUAUCACAGCGUGGGGAAACCAUGUCGACGGUGCUGUCGCGUUGACAAAGUUAAGAGGCAUGGAUCAGUUCAAUGACCCAAUCUCUCAUGCCAUGUUCCGCGCUGUACGGACGAUGAUGAUCACAAGCUGCGUUCAACGCUCGAAGCCUAUCGACUCGUUCCCUGGCGCGGGAGGCUGGGUUGGUAAAGGCGACAUAUCAGAGGAAAAUGCUGCCAACCGCCUGACACUCAUCUGUAUCGACCUUCCAAACCUCCGUGCCCGCGCAAACACCCUCACUACCACGCCAUAUGACCUGGCCUACGAAUCAGAAGCGAAGCAAAUUCUCGAGUUCGCACAAAUGGUCGACGACAACCUCGAAGAGUGGUACCGUACACUACCCCCCGAAUGGAAACAUCGUAUCAUUGGUGUUGUUAGCGAAAGACUUGCCCCUGAGGAUAUUGCGCUGGCAGAAAAAUGGCCAGGAGAACAGCAUGUAUAUCAUGACGUGCCAUUGGCGAGUAUAAUGAACGACUACCGUGUAUGCCGGAUAUUCUGUCGGCGAGUAAUCAUGGCAUGUGUGACAUGGCUGAGUUUCAGCGGUAACUAUGCAGAUGGCGACGAGGCAUGGAAUAAGAGUGUGUUUGUUAUCCAGAUGAUGGUGGAUGAGAUCAGUGCGUGUAUACCGUUUCAUAUGAGCUACGAACUACAACCAAUGGCCAAGGAGAUGGGCCAGGAACAGAAUGCUGCGGAGGCCUAUGGAGGGUACUCAUUAGUGUGGCCGCUGUACGUUGCAGCAAACGCUGAGACGGUACCGCAACAGCAGCGUGACUGGUUGCUAGGUCGACUAUCAGUCAUUGGCACCAAGUUUGGGCUGAGUAGUGCUCAGGUGCUGGUAUUAGCACGGAGACAUGUUCUGACAUGUGGGCCUAUGUUUCCUUGA